AAUGAUGAAGGAUACGGCACGAUUUCAACGAGAAACACCGAUUACGGGACGUGCCAUGCCUUGUUCGUCACUGCUAGCGCCCAAUGUAGCGAGGUGUUUUCCCCGUAUUUGCUCGAGUACCUACUUUCUUGUCAGGGGUCAAGCUGCUGGCGAAUGAAGUUCUGACAACAAUCCCACGUGUGGAAAUGAACAAGGGGAAAUUGUGCAUAUCCAUCCUAGAAUUUGUGGAUCAAAGCGACCCAAGUACAGUGGAGAUGUACACUUCCACGCUUGAUAGGGGCUUUAUACUUAUCAGUUCACUAGGAACUUCUGGAAUGCAUUUAACCGGAUCUGCGAGGCCUUGGUUCGAAAUCGGGUUUUUAGCAGUUCAGGCCACCGAGUGCAUCGGCGAGGUUGUUUCUCGCUCAAACUUUUGCUGAAUGUCAACUCAAUGAGCAUUGCUAACAGGACACCCUACCAGCAACAUUUCACCGAGAGAGUUACUUGAAAUCGCGCAUUCUAGUCACUACACGUGAGCAUAUCAAC